CAGCCGCAUCUUGCGGAAGCGGUGGAAGGAGCUUCUGCCGUACCUCCAUGGUAAUUAUUAGCCAAAGCAAGCGCCCGGUGCAGCCCGAUUUGCCCCCGGGCGUGUUUCAUUAGUUGAUUUAAUUUGAAUUACCAGUGCCGUGCAAUAAUUAGCCCUUGGUUACCUACCGCCCGACAAACAGUUGGUUGCGUGUGGCGGGCACGCACGGUAACUAACCUGCGCUGCUGCCUCGCUGAAGACCCAAGUGGAAGUGGCGUGAGCUAACGUUAUCCUCAACUUUCUGCAAGCAUGCCGGCAUCGUUGGAUAUCUAACCGACAAUUUCCCAAAGGCUUUUUUAGAUUCGAGCCAUCACGCAAAUAGAUUUACUUUCUGUCCCAAACUCUUCGCGCUACAAAUUCUCGUAGCAAACGGAGACCCCCGCCAUCCCGAACCUUUAAUAUUCGGAGAGCCCCUCGCUGGGGGUUUGCCGCGCCCCACCAACAGCCAUGUUUCCGACUUUCACCGGAAGCUCGCGCAAAGGGCGAAAUGUCAAUCUCAGCGGCCAGAAAGCGAUAAACCCCUUCACCAGCACAUCAUGGGCCCCCAGCGCGGCCGUUGGGGCGUCCAAGACAGUGGCACAUGCACAGGCAGAGCGGUUACAACGACAGCAAGAGAGGGACCGGCUGAAGGCUGCGCAGCGCAUCCAGAAAACAUGGAGGGGGCAUAGGUCACGGCGGAAUCUGCGGACGUCGCGUCGGCAGGCCGUCGACCUGCUGUACUGUGGGAACGGGCAAGUGGACGUUGAACGGAGAACAACAGAGGCGACACCCUUGGUACUCAGCGCAUAUCAAGCGUCGAACCCAGAGGACCAGCAGCGGUUGUGUUUGCUCGCUCGUGACCUCCUCCACACCAACUUUGCUUGUUUCGCACCGGGAGCCUUAGGGCUGCCUCGUUUGGGAAAAUUGACCCGUAUAAUCGUUUCUGCCCUUGAUAGAAUCGAUCCCGGGAUGGCAAGCUCGCAAGCCCAAGUCCUCCUCGCGACCGUCGUCGAGGUGACAAAAAAGAGGCCACAGUACGUCCAGCGUACCCUAGCGGAGCUCUACAGGGUAUUGGGCAGAUAUUGCCAUAGUCUUGGCCCAACCUCUCAGUUGCUCGACUCCGUCAGGAGCGCUGUGGGAACGCCGCUUUCUGCGACUGAUGCACCUGAAUCGUUCACCCAGGCCGCCUAUUUUGAGUUUGCAGUUUCAUUCCUGACACAACCCGACUUGGCCCUGUUCGAGUCCAAUAUCGACUCGUUCGCGGGUGAUGUUGAUGUCGACCGGCUCUCGCAAUCACUCCAGGAUGGUAUGGUCACGGAGCGCGAGACAGCUGGGUCGCAGGCGGGUCUCAUGUGGCUGCUUUCGCACUUCAUCGUACUACAAAAGGCGAAAAAGCGCCUCGUACUCCAUUCGCAUUCUCUACGAGUUUUGUAUUCUCUGCUGUCUGCGCUGUCGGCCACCAUUCGGGCUGGCUUUGCGGCCUCCGACUUGAAAACAUCUGACGUGACGAGCGAUGUGGAAGACAUCCCCGAGCCGGCGCUACCUCCAUAUGUUUCCGACAAGCUCUCUUCACUUACAGAUAGAGACGAGAUUUCCGGGGUUCUCGAGAAGUUCACGUCGGAUCAUGGAGGUACCUCCGCGUCUGAGCUUGAGAAUGCCGGCUUCCUCGCCGGCUACAUUCUCACCCUUGUCUACUGCUUUCCGACACUUGGCGACGAAAUCCGGAUGCGCCUGUAUCUGGCAGACAUCCCUACCCAUCAAGGUCAUCUUCCUGCUGUCAAGUUCUUCUGGAAUGCGUUCAGUAGGACAUCGAUAUUCUCCAAGAUCGGGUCGGAUCCUGAUGCUGCGCUCGCAAUUCUACGCCAAAGGCCUUCGUCCCGGACCGAUUCCUCGUGGCACCGCGAGUGGCGCACAGUCCUGCUAUUCCUCGAGCUGUAUAUCUUCGUCCUUCGCCUAACCGACGACGACGAUUUCUUCAGCGGCCUCAAUGUGCCAUUACACUCGGGCGAAUCGAGUUCGCGACUGCGUUCGAGCGGCCUCGGUCUCCGGGAUCUGAAGCGUCUUACACUUUUCCUCAAGCACCUCGGCUUCACACUUUACUACAAUGCCGCGGACUUGCUCAAUUCGACGUCUAGUACUCCGAACACUGCCGACGGCUCGUCGGCUUCUCACACUCGGCCUUGGGGUGUGGCUGGAAGUAAGCGGACAGUGGACGUCCUGCCUUUCACGCUCACCGCAGGUGUUGACUUUGACGCAUUCAGAAAUCUCGUCUCUACCGCAAUGAGAAUGCUCUACGAGCGGGAUUCUCGACGUCAAUUUCUGCCACCACAGCAUUGGCUCAUGACGUCAAAGUUCGACAUGGAGAGCUUUCUUUCUGCUGUCGUGCUCGAAGAACAGGGACAGCGUGAGCAAGAAGAAGCCGAGGACGGAGAGGAGGAGGACGACGAGGACGUGGAUGUAGAAGAACCGAGCGUUCCGUUGUCAUCGGGCGGUUUGAGGCUAUCUCGACAGGCCCAUAUGGAAAGGACCAGGGCAGCGCGAAAACGAGCUGCACGGGAUAUUCUACGGGCUGCUGCCGGCCCCAAGUUAGAGAUCUUGCGCAACAUGCCGUUCGUCAUCCCCUUCAACAUGCGCGUCCAGAUAUUCCGACAAUUUGUUCAUCUCGACAAGCACCGGAGAAGGGCGGGCAACAUCGAUCCAGACAGGUGGAGGUUAUGGGUGCUUAACCAGCACGGUGGACCGUUUGACCCGACCCCCGCGGGCACGAACAUCAUCGGCCGACACCAGGCGCAGAUCCAGAGAGGUCGGAUCUUCAAUGACGCCAUGGAUUCCUUCUGGGACCUUCAGGAGGGGCUGAAGGAACCGAUCCAAAUCACCUUUGUUGAUGAAUUCGGCAUGCCGGAGGCUGGAAUCGACGGGGGUGGUGUGACUAAGGAAUUUCUCACGAGCGUGACGACAGAAGCGUUCACGCCGACCGAGGGACUCUUCAUCGCCAACAACAAGAACACAUACUACCCAAACCCCUGCGGAAUGGACCAGUCAAGGAACACUCUUCGAGAGGCGCGGAUCCCCGAAGAUUCUGCGGAAUGGGCCGAGACCAUCAGCUACCGCCUCCGGCAAUACGAGUUCCUCGGCAGAGUCAUUGGAAAGUGUUUGUACGAGGGCAUCCUCAUCGACAUAUCCUUUGCUGGGUUUUUCCUCCUCAAAUGGGCGUCGUCGGGCGGCGCCUCCGACACCUACCGCGCCAACAUCAACGACCUCCGCGAACUCGACGAAGAACUAUACCAGGGCAUGCUGCGGCUGAAGAACUAUCCCGGGGACGUCGGCGACCUCUCUCUCGACUUCACCAUCACCGACCAGAUCUCUCUCCCAGGCGAGCCGUUCCGCACGACAACGCGAAACCUUAUCCCCAACGGCGAGAACGUGGCGGUAAACAACGAGAAUCGCCCCCUCUACAUUAGCUAUGUCGCGCGUCACCGGCUCAUCAUCCAGCCCUACGCGCAGACUCGCGCCUUCCUCCGCGGGCUGGGCAUGAUCAUCGACCCGGGCUGGUUGAGCAUGUUCAACCAGAACGAGCUGCAGCGCCUGGUCGGCGGCGACAGCUCCGAAAUCGACGUGGCGGACUUGCGGAGGCACACGGCCUAUAGUGGGGUGUAUGCUAUCGGCGACGACGGCGAGGAGCACCCGACCGUCAAGCUGUUCUGGGAGGUGAUGCAGGAGCUGGAGGAUCACGAGAGGCGGGACGUGCUGAAGUACGUCACAAGCACGCCGCGCGCGCCGCUGCUGGGGUUCAGCCAGCUCAGCCCGCCGUUUAGCAUCAGGGAUGGCGGGAGGGACCAGGAACGGUUGCCGAGCGCGAGUACGUGUGUGAAUCUGCUGAAGCUGCCGCAGUAUCACACCGCGGAGACGCUGAAGAGCAAGUUGCUGUACGCUGUUACGAGUGGGGCUGGGUUUGAUCUUAGCUGAGUGUGGGAUACAUAUGGGGCGCAUACGGUGGCGUUCAUCGGCGACGGGCAUGGCGGUGUAGUUAAGUUAGUGUUGGUAAAUCAAGGAAGUGUAUCGGAAACCCGGAGGUGCCUUGUAAGCGAUAUUGUUUUACUCUUCAACGUCUGUCCAC